AUAAUGGUGUUGGAAGUGUUGAUGAAACCAAAGCUUGAAGCCUAAUUAAACUCUCCCUUUUCCACCGUCUGCAUAUACUACUUUGCACAUUAUUUCAGGAUCAAACAAACACUGCAUAACCUUUGUUUUCCAUUCAAAACUUCAUUCACUUGAGUAAUAUGUCUGCUGGAACAUUUUCAGCUCAGGUUGCUGGGGCUGCCUUUGUUGGCUUGAAGUCCAACUCAUCAAGUCUUUGCCAAAGUACAGCAUCUAUAACAUGGAAAAGGAAGAUUUCUUCCAACUGUUCUAAGACUUACUGCAUGAAGACAUGGAAUCCCAUCAACAACAAGAAGUUCGAAACACUGUCCUAUCUGCCACCUCUUUCAGAUGAAUCCAUUGCAAAGGAGGUUGACUACAUGAUCAAAAAGGGAUGGAUCCCUUGCCUUGAAUUUGAUGAGUUGGGGCAUAUUCGUAGGGAAAACAGGCAUAUGCCAGGGUACUAUGAUGGGAGGUAUUGGACAUUGUGGAAGCUUCCAAUGUUUGGUUGCAGUGACUCUAGUGAAGUUCUGAAGGAGAUCCAUGAAUGCAGAAAGGCAUAUCCAAAUGCAUAUAUACGUUGCUUAGCAUUUGACAACAAGCGUCACAUGCAGUCUAUGGCUUUUAUCAUACACAAACCUUCUACCACUUGACCCAUUUUUCUUCUCUUUCUCUUUCUCUUUCUCUCUUAAAUGUAAUAUCAACUUUAUAAGUUUGCUCAUCAGACAAAUUUGUCAAAUCUGGUUUGAAUCUUAAGUUAUAAUUUACCAUGCAUUUAGUGUAAUUAAAUAGCAUCGUGGUGUACUUUUAGUUGCGUACUUGAAAUUGAAGGUGUGAUGCUCAAGAAAGGCAGUGUAUUUCUUAUCAACAUGUUUUGGUUUGAAUUAAAUUGA